CAUUCGAAGUGUUUUUAUCGUACCAUUGUAGAAGUUCAAGUCGGGAAAGCUUUUGUCACCGUUAUAAAAUAUAAACAAUGGCUCGUACCAAGCAAACUGCACGCAAAUCCACCGGCGGAAAGGCUCCCCGCAAGCAGCUGGCCACAAAGGCGGCUCGCAAAAGUGCACCAUCUACCGGCGGCGUCAAGAAACCUCAUCGCUAUCGGCCCGGAACGGUGGCCCUGCGUGAAAUCCGUCGCUACCAGAAAUCGACCGAGAUGCUGAUCCGGAAGCUUCCCUUCCAACGGUUGGUCCGCGAGAUCGCGCAGGAUUUCAAGACGGAUCUCCGCUUUCAGAGUGCCGCCAUCGGUGCCCUGCAGGAAGCCAGCGAAGCCUACCUGGUGGGCCUGUUCGAGGAUACGAAUCUUUGUGCGAUCCAUGCCAAGCGGGUCACCAUAAUGCCGAAGGACAUGCAGCUGGCUCGACGGAUCCGUGGCGAGAGGGCGUAAAGCGCUGGGGCAGAGUUAGGAGCAGCAGAACCAAACGGCCCUUUUCAGGGCCACAAAAUGCUUUUCAAAAGAGUUUGGUUUUGUAACUUUCUUAGAUUUCUAUUUACUAGAAAUCUAAGUAGUUGAAAAAAUACUGCAGAAUGUCCUUUGUAGUCUUGGCUUGGACAAGUUUCAAGCUUAUUUUAGUUUUGACAUAAUGUUAAUACAAUGAAAUUAAUACUGGAGUAUAAUCUGAAGAGCCGUAAUGAAAUU